AUGGCCUCGAAGAGUCUUGCUGCUGCCAUCGACUGGACUCGCAUCUAUGGGUCUCUUGGACUUGGAAAGGAAACUGUCGCGUCCCUCCAAGCGUUCAGGAAACGUCACUCUGAAGCCCAACGGGUGCACAGUCUUUACGCAACGCAGCCCACCACUGUGAAUAUCGCGCAUUACCGUUCGGUGCUCAAGAACCAAGCGGUUGUGGACGAGGCCGAGCGGAUCUUGCGCGAGUUCAAGCCGGUGAGCUAUGAUGUGAACGAGCACGUCAAGGCUAUCGAGGCGUUCGAGGCCAAGGCGGUCGCUAAAGCUGAAGAAACGUCGGUCAAGAUUGACGAAGAGUUGGGCAAUCUCCAAAAGACGUUGGCGAAUAUUGAAGAGGCCAGGCCCUUUGAGGACCUCACGGUGGAGGAUGUCGCACAGGCACGGCCCGAGAUCGUCAAGACGGUCGAGACGAUGAUGAAAAAGGGGAAGUUCUCUGUCCCGGGGUACAAGGAGAAGUUUGGAGACCUAUCGAUGGUACUCUCGACCCACCCUCACCGGCGCACCGUAUCCUCUGGGGUAUCUGGCUUUACCAUCUCUGCAUACACCUCUCCCUCGCCGCCGCCCACAUCUGCCUCGCCCCUCGUUACACGUACACCGAUCCUCAUGGCUGGGAACGAUCUUGCACCGCCCAGUGCACCGUUUGCUAAGCGCCAAUCGGUAGCGUCGAAUGGGUCAGCAUCGCCGUCUGCGUCCCAAAAGAACUUCCGAGACUCGGCCUCGUUGUCUAUCAACUAUGUUCCCGCCAAGUUCUCGCGCCCCCACAGCCCUGGCAUUCACAACCGCAAGGGCGCAAAAGGCGCCGAGCCCAAGCGCGGUGGAGGACUCGAUGCGUUCGGCCAGGGACACAACCGCAUGGCCGACCGUGACGACGAGGACUACGAGGGCGUCCAGUUUGGCAGCGGCCCAGGCUGGUCCAGCAACAAGAAGCCCCGAUUGCGCUGGAACCGCUUCAAGUGGAUUCUCUUUAUUCUCAACAUCCUCCUCACCAUCUACACCCUCACCGGCCUCAUUUUCUGUCUCUUGACAUGGUUCAACGUCUGGACACAUGCUGACAUUGUUCGCGUCGGCAACACAACCGAGCUAAUCCUCUCUACCGUCGCCGCCUCUUUCGGCCUUCUCACUUCUGUCAUUGGCUGGUCCGGCAUUUUGCUCAACAACCGAGCCUUCCUUGCCGUCUACACCCUCUUCCUCUGGAUCACCUUUGGCUUGCUCGUUGCCCCCGGUUACGUAACAUACAAGAAGAAGACAUUCAACCUCGAGGGAAAGAUCAACGCCCAAUGGUCCACUGGCAUCGGUCUCACUGGCCGUCUGCGCAUUCAAAAUCAGCUUCACUGCUGUGGCUACUUUAGCCCCUAUGUUGAAGCUACCAUCUCCCAGACCUGCUAUUCGCGCUCUCCUCUUCCCGGCUGCAAGGGCGAAUACCUCCGCUUUGAGCGCAAGGUCCUCACUUCCUGGUACACCGUUGCCUUUGCCCUCGUUCCUCUCCAGCUAGCAUGCAUGGUCGGUUCCUUGCUCUGCGCCAACCACGUUACCUACCGCUUCGGUAAGGGCAUGAUGCCCAAGGCCUACCGUCUCGAUCUCAACUCCAUGGCCGUCAUUAUGGACAACUAUGCUCAACAACUCGCCGAACAAUAUGGCGAUGACGUCGCCUCCGAGAUUAUGGCCGUUCUCGCUCGAAUCUUCAGGUUGACUCGCAAGGCUACGGGUCAGGAGGAUAUGGUUCGGUCCCUCACGCAGGCAGCGACGACAACCUCCGCCGAUAAACGUCCGGUGUCAAUCUUGUCACAUCUCUACAAAUUCACGACUGCGCCUCGGCCUAGCUCGGCUAUAGACAAACUCUUAAACAUGACUUGUGUGCACCGAUCUUCUUCCCCAGACUGA